AUGGACCCCAUCACCGCCCUAGCGCUUGCCUGCAACGUCACCCAGCUCGUUGAACAAGCUAUCGAGGCUGCCAGUGUGUGCAAGGAAAUCUAUGAGCGAGGCGCGCUGGACGAGAACAACAAGAUUGAAGAGUACGCCAAUGACAUCGCGGCUGCCAACAAAGAUCUAGAGGCUACACUGAAGGCUCAGAAGGUCACACCGUCCACUCAUCCGGCGCGGCUACAGAGGGUCGUAAAUGAUGCCACCGCGACUACAGCCGAGCUCAAAAAGGUCCUCAACCAGUUGAAGCUCUCCAAGAAACAGGGCAACAAGCAGAUCGGUGGCGCGUUCAGGGCGACUUUGAAGGCUAUUUUCAAGAGGGGCGUCAUCGAAAGUCUGCGGCAGAAGUUGGAACAGCAAGAUGCCGCCCUACGCUCAGCCAUCUUAAAAGACCUCUAUAUCAGGACUGGUCAGGUUGACCUGACGCGGAAAGACGAGUUUAAAGUUCUAUCCCAAGGCCAGAAAGACGCCAUCGCCCAGGUCUUGGGCAGCUUGCAGGCUGUUUCGAACGAUCUCGUAGCAUCGGUUAAAGCUUCAGAAACAGUUUUGGCAGCGCGUCUCACUAGCCAGGAUGUACAGCUUGAACGAAGCAUGCGAAUGCUCUCAACAGAUAUUCCAGCCACAGUCAGAGGCGCAGAGGCUAGAUUGGUGGAUCGCUUCGAUGGCCAAGACUCACUCCUGAAGGAUGCUGCUCAGAAGCAUAAUAUGCAGACAAAGUAUUUCCAGGAUCAAGCAGAGGAUGCUCUUAGAGACCGCCUUCUCGACGCAUUGGCGUUUCCGGAGAUGAAUGAACGACGCAACAUGAUCGAGGGGCGCGUCGUCGACUUUGGCAAGACCUAUGCCUGGGUUUUCAAUCCUCCAAAUGAGGAAGCUCGUAUUUUCCGCAAUCAACAGCGCCAUGCGUUCGUCGAAUGGCUUCGGACCGGACAAGAGGUCUUUUGGAUCAACGGAAAACCUGGCAGCGGGAAAAGCACACUAAUGGACUUUAUCUAUCAAAAUCUUCAAUCUGGACGACAAGGGCUUGUCCAUUUAGAAGCAUGGGCACAACCGCAACCUGUCCGCCUACUCAGUUUCUGGUUUUUCAGACCGGCCGCAAGCCGUUUAUUGAAAUCUCUGGAUGGAUUCUGGAGAUCACUAUGCUUUCAGAUUCUUGACAUGGACGCGGACAUUGUGAGAAAAAUUCGAGCUGAUAUGAACCAUUCAGCUCCCGACAGCCUGCGCGCUUGCCUUGUCGAAUCGGGCUCUCGUGCUCAGUCUUGGACAAACAUCGAACUGAAAUCGUGGCUACGGUACUUGCUUACUCAUUCUGUGUUCAACUACUUUUUGUUGAUUGACGGGCUUGAUGAAGUGCUAAAUGAUCCCGAAGGUUUGCUCGACGCAAUCCAGUUCAUUACCCAGAGCUCCAACAAAAUCAAGAUUUGUUGUUCAAGUCGACCAGAGGCUCCCUUUCCGCGCGCUCUUCAGAAAUAUCCAUCGCUGCGCUUGCAAGACUUCAAUGGGACGGAUAUCAGGGCGCAUUGCAAUGUGCGUCUCGCUACAACUAGAGCUGCUCUUUUUGCGGAGGAAGUAGCUUUUCGGGCUGAAGGUGUCUUUUUAUGGGCUUAUCUUGUUGUGGAAGACCUCAGAAUCGCUGCAAGCCAGGGGGACGACCAGGAUGAUCUAAAGCGGCGUCUUAAAGAAUGUCCGGGUGAAAUGAAUGAACUGUUCAUGUUCUUGCUUGAGCGUCAGGACAAGUUCUAUGCAAAACACCCGAAGCCAUACCUCCGCCUAGCUGAUGUUGCAACCAGAGGCCAUACGAAGCUGACCUUGUUUGAAAUGCUUGUAGCGUCGCAGGAACAGGAAAUGUUGCGUUGCAACUUCCCUGACAAUCUGGAUACUCAAUUUUUGGCGUCUUUGGACGCUAUGGCAGAGAAUUUCGAAGCCAAUGUGAUUGCAAGAUGCGCAGGACUUGUCGAAUUCCAUCCACACUUUGGAUUGGAUUUCUCGAAGACUUUUCCUUCCUUGGUCAAGAUGCGCAAGUUGGAGCUGCGUUUCAUUCACCGAAGCGCACAAGACUUCGUGGUGGACAGUGAGGCGGGUGCUGCAUUGCUUCAGUCCUGCAACAUUUCCGAGCAGGAAGCUUUGAGGAGACUGAUGACUGCUUCAGCGGUCAGCUUCCUUAUCAGCAAGAAUGUCGCAUAUCUUGCGAAUAUUAUGAGCUAUGGGAGGGAGAUAAACCGAGCAUUCUGGACUGAUUUCGACUCAAGGGUCAUGGAUAAUGUCUUUAGGGCAGCCCAGAGACGUCUUCUUCCUCGCCUGCCUCCACCGCUCUCCGAAGACAAGGAUGAAAAUAGAUGGCUGGCUGACCGAACGUAUGCCUUGGACAUAGUAUGUCCACAUCUUUCACCUCUUCAGAAUGUUGUCUUCAGCUAUGCCGUUGGAUGGGGAUUGAUUCCUUAUCUCGAGGCAAGGCUCAGCACUCUCGAUCCGGACGAGUUACGUCUGGUGGCCGGCUUUGGUGCAUGUCUUUCUUUGUCUGACACGAACACACAACGGUGUGGUUAUGAAACUCGCAACGACAUCCUUGCGAUGCUUAAACCUCACCUCUCAUGGACGCAAACCCCCCUAUUAUGUCACCGCUGGGAUAAGGCAUGUUAUGUUCGCGUUGCUCGCCCUGUUUGGCAAUGUUCCUUGUACACGGAAUUGGAUUUAGCUGAAUCCGCGACAGCGCUUUGCCACUAUCUGCAAUUCCUUUAUAAUUCCCUGAGCAGCACUGAUGGCGAAACACUUCGCAUUUUGGCGUAUCUCAUUUACCAUGACUAUGAAACGUUGUCCAUUUUCGCUGAACCGGACGAACCGAUGGAAUUGGUUAUGGAGUCCGUAGAGGAGUUCGACGUUUUCAAGAUCCACAUCAUCCUUCACGAACCUUCACAAGGGGGCCCCUUCAGACUGGAGUUCUAUCAGCAUUUUCCUAGAGGACUCGGGCGUUUCUGUGAAAUUGAGGCUACCGUCAAUGAAGGUCUGCAGCAGUUGUUCUCUGGCUGUAUCCCUGCAUCUUCAGUCGAGGACCUUAUAAUGGCUAAUCUCAACCACCAUUUGACCAGUCUAUCUGCCGAAGAGAUUGCGAAGGUUCUGAGCAACCGUGGAUCGGAAAGAAGGUACGGACGCUCGUACAUUUUCUCCAACCGGCAGUUUCAUUACGAAACCAAGGAUGGAAGAGAGAGGUGGGAGCAGAGGUUGAAGUCUGGAAUAUUUAACAUGGAUUUUGAGGCCGGCCCUGAACAAGACCCGAUAUUGAAAGAGAUCAUGAAGAUGUUGCAGUGUCACUGA